GGUGAGGAGGUCUACGGGGGGGGGGGGUGAGGUGAGGUGAGGUGGUGAGGAGGUCUACGAGUGGGGUGAGGUGAGGUGAAGGUGGUGAGCACGUGGCAGCGAUGGCGCCAACAACAUGGCGACGAAAACAACAACAACAACAGCAGCAACAGCAACAACAACCUCGACAGAGAAAUCAACAGCGACGGGGUGUAACUCGACCGGCCCGAUCCACGACCACGAGGCCCAAGCAGCAGCCCCCCGCAACAGCAGCAGCAGCAGCAGGCGAGGCUCUGCUGCCUCUCGAAAGUUGCAUGUGUCCCGUGUGUCUGGACAUCCUGGUGGAGCCCGUGACGAUGCCGUGCGGACACUCGCUGUGCGCUCCCUGCUUCGCGCAGUGCGUCGAGAAGGCGGCCCUCUGCUGCCCGCUGUGCCGGGCCCGCGUCUCCAGCUGGGCCCGGCGGAGGGCCCGCGAGCCGGGCGGCCUCCUGGACGCGGAGCUGUGGAGCAGACUGCGGGCACAGCACCCAGAGCGGUGCCUCAAGAGGAUGCGGGAACGUGGUGACGGUGGUGGUGGUGACGGUGGUGGUGACGGUGGUGGUGGUGAUGGCGGAGGUGGUGAUGAUGAUGGUGGUGACGGUGGUGGUGAUGGCGGAGGAGGUGAUGAUGAUGGUGGUGACGGUGGUGGUGAUGGCGGAGGAGGUGAUGAUGAUGGGCCCCUGUUUCAAGCUCCCGUGCUCGUCAGCCGACCCGGGGAGGUGCGCCGCGAGUACCAAGAGCAGUACGAGAAGCUGCAAGCGGAGCGGCUGGCCCAGGAUGAGGAGGAGCGGCGUCUGUCGGAGCGCCUCAUUGCCCAGCUGAUGGAGGAUGAGCAGCAGCAGGAGCUGGCGGCCCGUGCGCAGCAGGAGGCCAUGGACAGCGAGUUGGCUCGCAGGCUCAGCCUCGCCAAGGAGGAAAAGCCGGUGCAGAUGUCAUCGUGGUCCUUGAUGAAUCAGAGGUCGCGUUCGAAGACUCUGAGUCCACGCACCCCGGUCCAGGAAUCCACAUCCGUCUCCAAGGGCAUAGAGAGGUUCCUCUCUCCCGUCCGGACACUACCAACGUCUCCAUCGCCGCCCGUGCACCACCGCAGAACCGGACUGUCGCUGCAGCCAGGCACCAGCGCGGCCACCAGCACCACCACCACCUCCGCCAGCAGCAGCGGGGGGAGGUGGGAGGACGACACUCGCCACCACCACCACCAGCAGCUUCACCAGCUCCCCCACGGUAGCGCUCGCAGCAGCGACGACAGCAGGGAGGGCAGUACUCGGCAGCAGCAGCAGCAGAACCUCCUGUGCACCAGCAGCAGCAACAGCAGGAGCAGCAGCAGCGAGGGCAGCGCUCGGCAACGGCGGCCACAGCAGCAGCAGCAGGAACUUUUGUGUAGCAACAGCAGCAACAACAACAACAGCAGCAUCAGCAGCAACAGCAGAGAGUGCCGGACACAGCAGCCACAGCUCCUCCCGCACCGCAGCAACAGCAGCAACAGCAGCAACAGCAACAGCAGCAACAGCAGCAGGGACGGCGGCGCGAGCAGCGGGGGCGACAGCAUCACGCAGGAGCUGAACCACUUCAAGCCCAUCGUGAGCUGCCCCCGCACGCCGCCCAAGCAGCUCCCGGACGGGCGCGUCCUCUCCCCCGCCCUCGUCAAGGCGACGCCCAUCAAGCCCACCACCGCCACCGUAACCGCCUCGUCGUCCACCUCCUCCUCGUCGUCCUCGCUGCGAGCGGAGGUGCCGGUGGUGGAGCUGGUCGCGAGCGCGGGGCGGGCAAAGGGGCGCAGGCCGUGCCGGGCGCUGGCGGAGGGAGCCUGGAGGUCGUCGCGCCGAGGGCGGCGAGCGGACGACGACGGUGACGGAGGUGGAGGAGGAGGUGGAGGUGACGGUUGUUACGAGGAGCAGGUCCUGUGGUCCAGGUGGCGUCGCAUUGCGGAGGAGCGGGAGGCGGUUGCCCGCGGCGAUGACGGUGCCGACAACGGUCACCACGGCGACAACAACCACGAUGAUAACACCGGCGAAGAUGCAGAUGCUGUCUAUGUCAUUGACGAUGGCGGCGUUGCCGUCGCGGAUGUUGAAGACUUGGAGCUGGAGCUGCCGCCCUCGCUGUUCCGCUGGCCCAUGGCGCCGAGCGGAUCCUCCGCGACUAAAAGCGACGGUGGCGGAGGAAGAGGCGAGCGGGGAGCGCCGGGAAUCCGCGCGACGACGCGCGACGCCUCUGGAGCCAAGCGGCACCUCCCCUCCUCCUCGCCGCCGCCGCCGUCGUCGGCAAGAAAGACAAACGGUGGCGGCGGUCGCCCGCCGGACGACGACGACUCGGAAGACAACGUCUUUCUGACCAAGCGGGUGCCGGCGGGAAAGCGGCCUCGCCAAUUGGUCUCCCCGGUGCCCGCCGCCACCUUCACGGCGGCGGCCGCGGCUCCCGGCUCGCCCCCCUCGGCCCGGCAGGAGGAGUUGGCGGCGGCGGUGGCGGCGAACGUUGAUGACUACGACGCCGACACCGCCGCCGCCGUCGCCUUAGCGAGGCGGCAGGACGAGGAGGAGGAGGAGCGGCUGGCGCUCCAGGAGGACCGGGACCGCUGCCUUGCUCGGCGCCUCCAGCGGCAGCUCAACUCGGAGGCCAAAGCGGUCGACCGCAGCGCCGGCUCGGCCUCCGCGUACGACUUACGGCGCCAACGCUCCUGCCACCUCGCGGCAACGGGGGCGGCGGCGGCGGCUUCCGGCGGCGGACGGAGUCGGAGGUCGACCGGCGGGUCGAGGAGACGUCGGCCCAAGGAGGCCGCCGGAGACGCGCGGGGAGCGAAGGGCAGCCCCGGCAGGAAGAGGGCCGUAUCGGCAGCGGCGGCGUCGGAUGGGAAGGGCGGCGGAGGUCAAGGAAAGGUCGGGGGCGAGGUCGAGGGGGAGGGCAAGCGUCGGGGGGACCGCAUGUUGCAGGUGAAGAUCAACAGGAUUUUCCAGAGGUGCCUGCCCGAGUCGAACGCGUCCUGCUGAUGAGGGGUUGGCCGUGGAGGUUUCUUUCUGUCGAUUUGGCCGUUUUUUUUUUGUUGUCGAUAUGUCGGUUUCAGAACGAUGUGUGGUCUGUCGUGUCGAUUGGCAAUUUUGUCGCCGGAUGUUGGAAUCCGUCUGUGGAUUUGGAAUGAGGCCGUCGAUAUUGAAUCUGCGCGUCGAUUUGGAAACGAUCAGUAGAUUUCGAAUCGGAAGUGUCGAAUUGGAAUCGGAGCGUCGAUUUGGAACCGAUCUGUCCGUCGCUUGACCGAGUCGGAAAUGGAUUCGUCCGCUGCUCGGAACGGAUGGAUUGCGAUGCGUGGGGGAGGAAUGGACCGCUUGAGGCUUCCAGCGAAGGACAUGCCGAGGAGAGGGGGAGGGGAGGCAGAGUGAUUUGUGAAACUGAAGAAGUUAGGACGGUGCGUCUGCGACAGACGGUCCAGCACGAGGUGGCAGGAAAAGCCCUGGGUCGGUGUGGCUGGCAAGUGCGGACGGGAACGCCGACCGAAUCGGACGGUGAAUGUAGCAAAACGUGGCGGUGGACGGAAUCAUUCACCGUGCACACACAAGCAAGACAAAGAUCCCCCGUGUAGCCUUAACAGACUGUUGGGGCAAGUGCCGUCAGCAAGGAGCAGCAGGCCGGCACUGUGGCACACGAGGGGGCGGGGCGUACAGAACCACGCCCGACCGCCUUUGUCUCCCCAGUGGCGAUGCUCACACAUCCCACCGUACUCAUUUGAGGCUGAGUCGACCGAGGGGAGGACCACGACCGGUUCAGAUAUAAUCACCGUCGGUGGCCGUGAGCGGGAAUUGAAAACUUGGGUCGGUGGGUUCGUAUCGCAGCGCGCAAAACCGCUGCGCCACCACUCCCCCGCACCCCCACUCUUGCGUACACACGCAAUGAACAUUCUUAGGGCGGGGAAUUUAUUUCAAAUUUUUUCCCCCUUUCUUUCCUCUCUCUCUCUCGCCGCCCACAUCGGCUGUCCCAGCGGAAUUUACGGUCCGUGAAACGAUUGCCCUGAGAUCUACGGCGGAAUCUUUUAGCCGCUGCUUGGCACAGCGAGAUCGUGGCGCGUUGACAGGUUUCUUUCCCAAGAAAAUCCCCGCACACAGUGAGCAGCUUUGCCGCUGUCCGUAGCGUAGAUCGGGAAGCUUUAUUUUCGGAGGAAAUCUUUACCGCAGAGGAGGGCGACGUCACCCUUUGGCCCGCCGUGCGACUGGCAAAUGAAUGUAGUAUUCGCUUAUCGCUGCCUGCCCCGUUCAUCUCCGUCGUCAUCAACGAUCGUCAUCUUCAUCGUCGCGGCCACUGCCUAGUUGUAAAGCGGAGGGGGGGGGGGGGGGUGUCCGCCAAAAGUACCACCGACCGAUUGACUCCCCCACAAAAGUGGUGCUCGUUUUUAUCGUCCCCGGAGAGAGGUGAUGAUGGCCCGAGUCUGCUUCGCCCCCACCCCCCCGCGGCGUCGAAGGUGCCGUGGAAGUCGCUGGGACGCGAUCAACAACAGCGGCGUGCGUCUUCAGAACGAGCUAGGGGGACCCACAGCUCCGACACCUGAUUCUUACUCGUCAAUUAUUAUUUUUAUUCACAAGCCAAGGAUGGGGCGGUGGGCAGGCAAAGUGUUUCUUAACGAUCCGGGGAAUGCGGUUAUUGCACCCACCAAGCAGAGUGGCCACUGUCAGCCUGGCUUUGCCACUAAAGGGUGAAAAGAGCUUUAAUAAGGUUUUUAUUACUUAGUUGAAUUUAGGUUUUGUCGUUUCACAGAUUACGUUGUAACGGUCAUUCGCGUGAGAGAUCCUCGCUGUGUCUCGUGUUUUGCUGUUGGGGUCCUUGCCUACAUUGGAAAGUUUGGGCCAAUUUGUGAAAUUAUUAUGAUGUGUUUGUUUUUCUUUCUCAAAUGCAAGUGUUUGGCUUCACGUGGGAGGGAACC